UUGUAAAUUCGUUAUUAUACCUUGUUGAGAAGCCACUCUGUAGCUCAAUCUGUAUUCCCAAGAGAAGGUUGAGUUGGAACUGGAAAUAAUAUCAAGAACAAAGAUAUGGGCAACUCUCAAUCAUCUUCCACUAACCCUCGUUUCGCUUCUGCUUCCAGAUCAUUCACACAACACAAAUUGGAAGAGCUUCAAUAUUUAUUUGAGUCACUUGCUACUCAAUCUCACAGCAAUGGCCAAUUCAUCACCCCUUCUGUUUUUAAGGAUUAUUUCAAAAUUCCUGCUUCUCUUGGAGAUCGGAUGUUCGAUUUGAUCACCCAGAAACGCCAUGAUCAAAAGCUUACAUUUGAAGAUCUUGUUAUUGCAAAGGCAGCUUACGAGAAAGGGACCAAAGAUGAGAUUGAAGAAUUUAUUUUCCAGUUAUUAGAUGUUAAUGAUGAUGGCAAAGUUGACAGGUCUGAUCUGCAAGCUGUUAUAGAUGCUAUUCUGGAUGACUUGUUUCCUCUGAAGGAUAAUGAAUCUGGGAUGAGAUCACAUCAGUGCAUUGUAGACGCUAUCCUAGGUGCUGCAACAUUCUUAAAAGAUGACGGAGAAGGUGGCACGGAAAGUAUGUCAUUUGAGGACUUCAAAGACCUGUGUGGCCGUAUUCCAUCUCUUAGGAAGUACCUUGGAAGUUUGUUGUCUCCACCUGAUCCAGGGAGGGCAGGUUGUCAAGUUCCUCGUCUGCUGUACUCUGAAACUUAUGAUUCCAACCUAAUAAUGAGGAAGGAAUAUGCUUGGCUGAUAGGUGGCCUUCUCACUCAGCUAGAGCUAGUGGAGUGGAAACUUCUAUACCACAGUUCAUAUCAUGGCCAGAGUUUUAACACGUUCCUGGGAAAUGUCGCAAAUGAUGAAGGGCCAACCCUGUUGAUUAUUAAGGAUGCAGAAGGCUACAUAUAUGGAGGUUAUGCUUCCCAGCCAUGGCAAAAGCACAGUGAUUAUUACGGUGAUCUAAAGUGUUUUCUGUUUCAGCUGCAUCCAAAGGUGUCUAUUUAUCGGCCAACUGGAGCAAAUAACAAUUUGCAGUGGUGUGGUGUUAAUUACAGUUCAGAGUCUAUCCCGAAUGGAGUUGGCUUUGGAGGGCGGGCUAAUCACUUUGGUCUCUUUCUGACGGCAAAUUUUGACGCUGGUCAAACCUUCGAGUGUAGUACAUUUGGGAGUCCUUACCUGUCGAAAUCCAACAGGAUAUGCCCAGAAGUAAUAGAAUGUUGGAGUGUGUUCCCUAAAGAAGUGCAACAAAAAGGGAGCAAUGCACUCCAAGGUACUGUACUCGAUAGGUUUAAGGAAGACCGAAAUAUGCUCAACUUAAUCGGCCUUGCAAAUUCCAGUCAGUAACAUUCCAGGCAUUUUUUGACAAAAAUGUCUACUUUUGGGGGUUUGAUUUCUGUAAAGUGUUGAAUGACAAUGCUUGUAUGAAUGUAUGAUAUUUGCUUAUUUGCUUUGUAUGAUAAAAUAUGCUGAAUAACUUAUUGGUUUGCUAGAAACUAUAUAUGUUCGCAUAAUGUUAUUUUUAA